AUGCAACAGGAGUCUUUCAUCACCAAUGAUGGCUGCAAAAUUGCCUUUAAGACGUCCAUGCCACUGAGUGAUACAGUGGGGGCUGCGCCUAGAAAUUGUGUAUUGCUCAUGCAUGGAUUCAGCGGUUCUAGUGAUUACUUUAUCCGCAAUUUCACGACUCUCAGCAACAAUGAAUGGGUUGUAGCCCCUGAUAUGCGUGGCCAUGGAGAUUCUGACCGAACUCGUGGAGGAUACCACGUUGCUCGAUUGGCAGUUGAUCUUGCUGGCCUCGUCGCACACAUUCGCAAGUCAGCGCCCAACGUCAGCUUCGUCCCUGUCGGAUGUUCCAUUGGUGCUGCAGUCCUCUGGACAUACAUCGAAUUGUUUGGAUGCAGUGACUUUGCCGGACUCGUCUUUGUUGACCAGGCACCCUUACAAGAUCGGUCGGCGUUUGAUGAAUGGGACCAAUCCAAAGCACACACUGGAUGCUAUGACGAAAAGACAAUGCAAUCGGCACAGCAUAGUUGGAUCCACGACUCCAAGGCGGCGCAUCUGGACCUGGCAUUGGGAUGUUUGGGUUAUCGACACGCCCCCAGAGAAGAAGACAUGGUUUCAGCAGAGCAGCAGGCAAAGGACGAAACCUUCUUCACAGAGAUCAGUGCUCGUUGCGAUCAAAGUUGGUUGGCGCGACUACUAGCAGACCAUACUCGCUACGAUCACCGCGAAGCCAUCGAAAGAAUCACAGUUCCCACCUUAGUUAUGGCUGGUAGACGGUCAAGCUGCUUUCCACUUGAGGGGAUGCUCGAGACUGUGAAGCGGGUCGAAACCUCGAAGCCAGGCCUUGCACGGUCAUCAGUAUUUGAAUCUGGGCACUGGCUAUUUUAUGAAGAACCGGAAAAGUUCAACAAGGAAAUCAUUGAGUUCGUCAACAUGUAUUCGACAUUGGAAUAA